UUGUGUGUGUGUGUAUGCGUAUGUGCUCUCUGAUGGUAACCUAUGGAUUGACGGAGAAAGGCUAUUGUUGUCAGCUCGGUGAUUUGGUCUGCUGGAUCUGCAGUUUGAUGAGCGACAAAAGAAUGCCUAGAGGAACUGAAGCCUUGUUACUGCACGGAUAGCGCAGAAAUACACCGGAAAGAAACGAUAUUGACAUGAAGAAAGACAUUGAGACGCUAAUAGCAGAGGAACGUGCUGACAUUAUCUUGAAGUAUGCUACGGGCAGGCAGGAGGGGGUGGAGAUUGACCCCUGGGAGGAUGCUGACUACAGCAUUUACAGAGUUACGGACCGCUUCGGCUUCAUGCAUGAGAAUGAGCUGCCAGCCCCAACAGCACAUGAGGAGAAGCGGAAGCAGCUGGAGAUAGAGCGGGUGGAGAAAUGGCUGAAGAUGGUGAAGAAAUGGGAUAAAUACAAGAACAGUGACAGGAUGAUGAAGCGGGUGUACAAGGGCAUCCCGCUGCAGCUGAGAGGCCAGGCCUGGGCUCUGAUGCUGGACGUGGAAAAGGCGAAGAAGGAGAACGAGGGCAAAUACGAGAAAAUGAAAGAGCAAGCCCGACUGUACUCGUCUGAGAUCAAACAGAUAGACCUGGACAUCAACAGGACCUUUCGAAACCACAUCAUGUUCAUGGACCGCUUCGGAGUCAAGCAGCAGUCUCUGUUCCAUGUCCUGUCUGCAUACUCGGUCUACAACACGGAGGUGAGCUACUGCCAGGGAAUGAGUCAGAUUGCGGCCCUGCUGCUCAUGUACAUGAACGAGGAAGAUGCCUUUUGGGCCCUGUCACAGCUGCUGACCAAUCAGAAACAUGGCAUGCAUGGGUUUUUUGUCCCUGGGUUCCCCAAACUUCAGCGAUUCCAGGCACAUCAUGAUCAGAUUAUUUCCAAACUCAUCCCCAAGCUGAAGAAACAUCUGGAUAGAGAGCAGAUGUCUGCAGGGAUUUAUAGCACCAAAUGGUUCCUACAAUGCUUCAUUGACAGGACGCCGUUCACCCUGACCCUUCGCCUGUGGGACAUUUUCAUCCUGGAAGGAGAGAGGCUUCUCACUGCCAUGUCCUACACUAUUCUGAAAAUACACAAGAAGCGUCUUCUGAAGAUGUCCCUGGAGGAGCUCAGAGAGUUCCUGCAGGAGAGGAUCGCUCAGACCUUCUUCUACAGCGAUGAUGUCAUCAUCGAGCAGCUGCAGGCCUCCAUGACAGAACUACGCAAGAUGAAGCUGGACCUUCCACCCCCAGGGAAACCUGAGGAGUUGCCUCGUAAGCCCUUGGGCCAAGAGCUGCCUGUGCUGCUGAGUCCAGUCCAGCCGCCCAGAGGGAAGCCAUCCUCAGCCAGCGGUUUUCCUGCAGCAGCCUUGAGUCUCCACAUUAUCUCCCACCAGCCAGACACCAUAUCCCCAGACCAGAGCCCCUCAAAGGACCCCAGGGAUCUUGACGCUCUGAAUGAGGAGGAGGCCCCGCUGCCUUCUCCAGACCCCAUCAUCAUCCACAGUCAAGCCCCACUCACCCCUGAUGGCUCCCCGCUGACAGGGCCUCCCCCUUACCAGCCCCCGGGGAGUGAAGCAGCAGUUAUGAAGGAUCAUGACUCCACUCCACACUCUCCAGAUCACGAGACGGAUGAGGUUUUAACUGACCCAGUGGUUACCACACCAAUUCAGUCAGCUUCACAGCUCACAGACACACUCUCACAGCACUCCGCAGACGAUCCCACCAUGGCUGCCUGCUCGGCCAUCAGCUCCGACCAAGCCUCGUGCAGCGUCCCGCAGACUCUUUCAUCCGCCACGGCCCAGGUCACUCUGCAGCCCUCUGACCUGACCCAAUCUGAGAGCCUGUCGGAGGCAGAGAUGGCUGAGGACAGUUAUCUGGCUCAGCUGCUAGAGGAGGCCUGUGCUCUGCCUACUAAUGGGGAUGUAUGCAAGGAUACAAAAGAAGGAUCAGAGGCAACGCAGUCUCCUAAAAUUUCUUGAAAUGAUCACAAACUCUGAAACGCAGAUUACACGGUGUUCACAUUGCUCUACCACAAACUGGAUUAUGUGUCAAAAGCAUGAGUUGGACAUGCCAUUUUGACCUAUUUGUCACAUGUAAGUAAAGAAAAACAGUCCAGCACUGAGAAUAAUGUAGACUCAACCAUCAAAUUACAUGCUUAUCCCAUAUAUUUUAUCAUCUGAGUCUAAGUGGCUCAACUGACCCUCAAUUUUGCAUAGUACAUAGCCUCUAAAGCAAAACUGAAGUUUGUUAUAGUGUUUGGUUGUGUAGGAAUUAGAGUCCACAUGGUGGUGAAAUAUCCUCAUUAGUUGCUCCAUGCUCUCCUUGGCUUCUGAUACAGAAUACUGUAAUUGUAUCUCUCCGCUCAUUUAGCAUGAGACCGCUGGUCCCAAAAUAACACCUUUAGCACAGAAAUUAACCUGAACAUGAAUGUUUUUGCAAUAAAAAAAAAACACAAGCCCCAGUGCCCUUUUUUUUUUUUUUUUUUUUUUUUUAAGAAAGUAAGCAGCUCUUUUCUUCUUUUUUUCCUAUUUGAAUUGAAAAGGAGACCUGGCAGGUAGCAUCUGCAUGAAACUUCUGCAUAGUAACCUUACGCCAGGAAGAAAUGGCCUGAUAGUACUUUAACAAAUAACUGUAAUUACA